GGCAGAAAGGUUGCUGGCUUUAUAUGAAUAAGGUUUGCAGGAUUUGAAGUGCGUAACAUUUUAGAGACAGAAAAAUACAUUGUUAAAUACCUGAGAGUGGGGAUAGGUGAGGGCAGGAAUGAGUGAGUGGGACCAGGGUUUGGGGAGAUGUUUGUUAAUUCCCCCACUGGUAAAAGUCUGUCUACAGAAGGUUCUAGUCUCUACAAUAUAUCAUGAAUUUUACCUUAGGGUCUAUAUUAGCUUUUCUUGACAAAUGCUUUGUAGGAAGUUACACAAUUUAAAUUUCUGAGAAUGUUUAUGCUUUUUAAAGGAAAUUGAUUCUAACACCACAGAAAUAGAAGAGGAAAAUCACGUACAUUCUCUGUCUGGUGGACUAUAUGAAAAGCAGAUAUUCUUCACUUCAUCACAGUAUAUCUGACUUCAGGAACCAGAGCAAUUUUCUAUGGUAGUGUCAUUGGAACUGGAAGUCUUUACAAGCUUGACUUAUUUGCAAGAGCAACAUGUCUGAGAGCUCAGUAUCAGAUUUACACCUGAACACAACUGAACAAGGAAACCACACAACAGUUCCAACAGCCAACAUAUUAUGUAUCCUGAUCCUUCUUAUCACUUUUUUCAUUGGACUUGUUGUGAAUUUUCUUUACCUUUGGAUUCUUGUAUUCAAGAUGUGCAAGAGUGUCAACACAGCUUUGUUUUUCCACUUGAUUUUGGUUAAUUUGGUUUUUACAAUGAUAAUGCCAAUUCUGUCGGUAUAUAUGUUAACAUUCCCCCAAUGGAUUUUAGGAGUCUUUAUGUGCAAGCUCAUUAAUUCACUGGUUUCUCUUUGUAUAUAUACUUCAGUGUUCUUUCUCACAGUAAUCAGCCUGGAUCGCUUCACUUUGGUCUUCCACCCUGUAUGGUACAGAGGACACAUGAACCAUCGAUAUGCAUCUGUAAUCUGCAUUUUUCUCUGGGGUUUGGCCACUGUGUGCAGCUCACCAUAUUUUGCAAUUCGACAGAUACGAUUGCUGGAGGACAAUACAACUGCCAGGUGCUAUAAUGAUUAUACACUUUCUGGCAAAUGGGACGGUGAGCAAUUAAAGUGGUUCAUGUUCAGCUUUCGUCUAGUGCUAGGUUUUAUACUCCCCUUGUCUGUAAUCACCAUAUGUUAUCUGAAACUUGCUCUCAGGAUGAAGAAAGAAAAUCUGGCCAGAUCAAAAAAACCUUACAGGAUAAUAUGUAUUUCUAUUACAUCUUUUAUUAUCAGCUGGACUCCAUAUUAUCUUUGGUAUGGGAUGAGUAUUGAGGGGGAAACGUUUCAUAAAACCACUCUGAAUGUUCUGAUGGUCAUGACAACAUGCUUGAUCUGCUUCUAUUAUUGCUUUACUCCAGUACUUUACCUGUUUGCUGUAAAGGACUUCAAGAAAGAGUUACGGAAAUCUAUACUUUCCCUUUUGGAAUCAGCACUUACUGAAGCCUUCAGCCCAUGACAUGGUAGUCAAAACUGAUAAAAACCAACCAGGCACAAAGCAAAUGUGAAAUUACAUUGUAAUUGACUCUGAAACUUAUAUUCUGAAACAAUCUGCAGUUUGUGUACAUUUUUAUGGUGAAAAAAGGGGUACCACAAACAUCCCAAGUAGGCAACUCACCAAAUGCAUUCAGUGGACCAGGUGCACCAGCCCUUUAGCCCAUGAUUAAGUGCCUAUUGGGCAUGAAACUCAUAGGGCCUGUGGAGAUGUAGAAUUUUUAACUUUAUCAAUAAACCAUUGAUAUUUACUUCUAUAUUUUUGGCCAUGUGGAUUCCAUUGAGUGACAGAUAGCCCAUUUCUGUUUAUCUGCUUAAGAUAGACAAUAAAAACAAACCAGGUAGCAAAAAACUUUUGGCAUGACACUGAAAGUGAUAUUCUGAAAUGAUUUAUAGGUCUACUUUUUUGUGUUUCUUCCUGGACUUUCUCCAUCGUAAAAUACAUAAAGCUUCUUUGUUGCCGGGCUCAUUGACUGAAGCAAAACAAGAAAAGUUAUGGGAUACUAUUCUAUCAAUGACUAUGAAGAUUUUCAUUCAUCCAGGUCAUGGUAUAUCUAGGGGCAAAUUU